GAGAGAGAGAGAGAGAACUGGAAGAAGCCAUGCAGAGAGUGAGGCAGCCCAGCGACGAUGCUUGAUGAGCUAAACCACUGACCACCUCAGAGAUUUUCUUCCACUUUGACUGAGCCCAAGAGAGACCAAGAAAUCAGACAGGACAGUCCUGAGGGGAGACGUCCACUCAUCAUCCCAACUCACGGGGCCAGAACAAGCCCAGGACGUGGAGAGAGAAAGAAAGAAAGAGUUAGAGACAAGGAGAAAGAGGGGAGAUCUACAGAUGAGAGUUAAAGCAGAGGGGCAGAAGGAGAUGCUCUGAGGGACCAGACAGUGAAGGGAAAAGUCAAAUAAGUAACAGGAUUGCUGCAGGUGUGUCCACAAAGCCUGCACAAAGCGAGGGCCACAGCAGAGUCCCGCUGAACAAAAAGCUGUUGCCAGUAAAACAGAAGAGACAAAGAGAGAGGUCAGACAGACACAGAGAGACAGAAAUAAGACCAGGAUGGCCAACUCAGGUCUCCAGUUGUUGGGUUAUUUCCUGGCGUUGGGCGGCUGGAUCGGCAUCAUCUCCACCACAGCCUUACCCCAGUGGAAGCAGUCGUCGUACGCCGGCGAUGCCAUCAUCACGGCUGUGGGUCUGUACGAGGGGCUGUGGAUGAGCUGCGCCUCGCAGAGUACAGGACAGGUGCAGUGCAAGAUCUUUGACUCCAUGCUCUCGCUGGACAUCCACAUCCAGACAUGUCGGGCCCUCAUGGUGGUGUCGGUACUGCUGGGUUUUAUGGGCAUGAUCAUCAGCGUGGUGGGCAUGAAGUGCACUAAGGUGGGAGAUAACAACCCAACCACCAAGACUCGCAUCGCAGUGACCGGAGGAGCUCUCUUCCUGCUCGCAGGUCUAUGUACACUGGUGUCUGUGUCCUGGUAUGCCACUCAGGUGUCCUAUCAGUUCUUCAACCCAAAUACACCACCCAAUGCCAGGUAUGAGUUCGGCUCAGCCCUGUUCGUGGGCUGGGCGGCGGCCAGUCUCACGGUACUGGGCGGCUCCUUGCUGUGCUGCUCCUGCUCCAAAGAUGACAUGCGAGGACAGCAAUAUUACCGCCAAUCACAGCCUUCCACAGCCAGGGAGGCAGAGUUGUUGAGUGAAACUAGUUUCCCUGACUGAUCAGCCCUCGCCUUUUUAUCGAGGACUGUCCGCCUGUCCAACCACUGUCUUCCCUUUUUUUCCCCGUUACCUCUUAGACCCAAAUUUGGACCUCUUGUAGCAGAACAUUUCCCUUUUCCUCGGUACUACAUCUGCACCUUAUCAGUUAUAAUGGGAACUAAGAUGCACUCUCUUCUCCCAUUUUUUCCCCAACCUUCUGAGCCUUUUCUGUAAAUAUGGACUCUGAUCAGAUCUUUUCUUUAAGAAAUGAGGUGGCCGCCUCCAUUUCAGCCUGUAAACACUCUAUUGCGCCUCCCACACCCACCCUCUGCCCCACUAUCAGCUGAGAGUUAACAAUGAGUUGAAACACUUUGUGGUUUUGUUUGUGCUGAUUGAUGACUUCACUUAUAUCCUAUGACCUCUGGGUGUUUUUGUAAAUGUGUCUCUUCUGGGUUUAUUUUGUCUCCGCUGUGACUGUACUUUGACUGAAACAUGUCUUUUUUUCCCUUUUGAAUUGCAGACCAAAUGUUAAAAGUACCCCACCAGAGAAAAGGGAGCAGUACUUGUAGUUUGGGAGAGUCUUCUGGCCUUACCAUGGUUUAGAUUCUGUCAACAGACAAAAGCCUCUCACUGAGGAACUCAAAACAGACAGACACCACUAGAGAGAGAAUUUACGAACAGCAACCUUUCAAGUAUAUUGUGGCAACAUAAAUUAGAGUCUUUGUUGAAGUGAAAUAAAUUGUUUUGGGAGAAUUAAAUGAAAUAGUUGUUUCAGGGGGGAUUGAGAAAGAUGAUAUGCUUGUCUUGUCUGUUUUGCUGACUUUGGGAGAGACAGUCAUUCAGGGUAUGUUUUCUAUAACAUGUUAAAAUGCCCGGGUGUAUAUACCACCUGCUCUAUUCUUUUUUUUUUUUUCUUUUUUCUUUUUCUUUUUUUUUUUUUUUACUACAUAUAUAAUAUUUUACUACAGUGCCUUAUAACACAUGUUUGUUCACAUGUAUGUUUUUGACCACACAGAUUCUUCAUAGUCUCACGUCCCAUCUGAGGGAUGUGAGUCCAUAGUCUCCUCUGCCAGCAGUUCUAUUUACCUUUUUUUCUAUUGUGGGAUUUCUGAAAAUGAAUGUGAAGCUACUCUACAGUACCACUUAAGAAACAACAAACACAUACAUACGAUAGAUCUUCAGCAUAAUGCCUUAUGCACUCUUUGUAAGAAGCUGUGUGGUUGUUUCCAAGUAGCCUGGAUUGAGGAUAUACCCAGUACAUUCAUUUUGUUUUGUUAAGUGCCAAUAUGAUUUUGUGUGAAUGACAGAGUCGUUGUAUUUUGGACUCUAAAGGAUGUACUGUACUGUGUGCUGUCUCCUAUACUAAGGAACGCCUGUGUUCAAAUGCCCUUCUGAUGCCUGCAUUUAUUUACCAUGCCAUUCCUUUCUCUAAUAUUUACCUCCUCCAUGUUGUGUAUCAUCUCAUUUACAGUAUACCCCUGCCUGUUUCUUUUAGA